GUUAAUCCCCCCUCCCUCCAGGCUCACCUGAGUGCAGGUUAGGCAGGUGAAGUGCCUCCCCGGAAACGGAGCUAGAGCGCCCCACCUGCCCGGCCCUGCCUGCUCAAAUCGGAUCCAGCACGUCCAGGCUUCUCGAACCAGCGGUGACAGCUGAGGCCAUGUGAGUCUGGAUCCUGAAUGAGGCUUUAUCUCUAGCUGUUGGUCCCAUCGUCCACUGUGGCACCAGCCCCCUCGGCCAGCCAGGAUGGGACAGGCGACUGAGAGAGCCAGAGCCAGAGAGGUGAUGAUGACCAUAGCCUGGGCUGAGAAAGGAACAAGACUCUGGGCCUGCGACUGCCAAGCAGGUGGUAGGGGCACCAGGCCAUGAUCUGUACCCCCUGAUCCCUGACGCUGACCUUCUGUCCUGACCUGCCUAACUAAGCCAUGUCUGAACCAGCUCAAGCCCCUUUGGGCCAGGGGCUGCCCCCCGACAUGCUGGCAGAGCAGGUGGAACUGUGGUGGUCCCAGCAGCCAAGACGCUCCUUGCUGUGCUUCAGCGUCGCUGUGGGCCUUGUGGCAGGCUGUGGAGCAGGUGGCGUGGCCCUGCUGUCCUCCACCAGCAGCCGCUCUGGUGAGUGGCGCCUAGCAACAGGCACUGUGCUCUGCCUGCUGGCCCUGCUGGUUCUGGUGAAGCAGCUGAUGAGCUCAGCUGUGCAGGACAUGAACUGUAUACGCCAGGCCCACCACGUGGCCCUGCUGCGCAGCGGUGGAGGGGUGGAUGCCCUGGUGGUGCUGCUCAGUGGUCUCGUGCUGCUGGUCACCGGCCUAACCCUGGCUGGACUGGCUGCCGCCCCGGCUCCUGCUCGGCCACUGGCCGCCAUGCUGUCUGUGGGGAUUGCCCUGGCUGCCUUGGGCUCGCUCUUGCUGCUGGGCUUGCUGUUAUAUCAGGUGGGCGUGAGUGGACACUGCCCUGCUACCCGUGCAGCUGCUCCCUCAACCCAUGGUGGCCACGGUGGCAAUAGCAGCAUCUUCAGCAUCUCAGGACAGUUGUCUUCUGGCCAGCGUCAUGAAACCACCUCCAGCAUCGCCAGCCUCAUCUGAUAGAACCAGAACCCUCCUUCCCAGGACCUGUCUCAGCGUCUCCAGAACUGUGCCAGGACAUGCAUGUGUAUGCUUAUGUGUGAACGUGUAUAUGUCUCAGGGCCACAUCAGCCCUUCUCUGGGUAUGUGAUAUGUGAUUAGGAGCCCACAUGUACUCACAUUCCACAUUACAGGUUAACGUGUGCCUCCUUGGAACUGCAUGUGUGUGUCUGAUGACUGUCACUCUGCCUAUCUGGGUCUGAGUUCUCUAGGGAGAGAAACAUCUGGGAUCCCUGUUUCCAACACCCCUCAUCUCUAGCCUUGCCCGGCAAUACCCGUCAAGGGUUUCCACAGGGUGACUGUUGUCCACCCCAGAGACUGCACCAGUGACCGCUCAUCAAGAAGAAUGACUGGUGGCAAAGCAGAAGGAACAAGGGCUCCAGAAUAAGACAAGCCUGGAUUGAAAUCCUUCCAACCCCCAACCCAGGCACCUCAUAGCUGGGAGAUUCAGCAAGCAACUUAGUCUCUCUGGCCUUUACUAGAGGUCAGGUUGCCACUGUUUGUGAGAAUUAAAUGUUGUCAUGAAUGGAAGGACUGGGCUCGGGAGAGAUGUGCAAUAAAGUGGUGGCUGCUGUUUUCAUUGU